AUGACUGUUGGCAUCAGCCGAAGCUCUCCAACGAGACAUGCAGGGAGGGUGGUCAAGCGCUGGAACAGGCCGCCCGAGAGGCGCUUGGUGCUGGGCAGCCAGCUCCAGCUGCCCGGGCUGGAGCAGGCCAGGCCCGCGGCCGGGCUGGCUCAGCAUUGUCCUGCCUUUGGAAACAGAAAUUUUACAUACCCAAAGCACCCACUGGCCACCUUUUUCCACCUGUUUUUCCGAGUGAGUGCUAUUAUUACCUACUUGUUCUGUGACUGGUUCAGCAACAGCUUUGUUGCUUGUUUUGUCACUAUUCUCCUCCUCCUAUCAUUUGACUUUUGGUCAGUUAAGAACGUGACAGGAAGACUCUUGGUUGGUUUGCAUUGGUGGAACCAGAUUGAUGAAGAUGGAAAAAGCCACUGGGUGUUUCAAGCAAAAAGGGUGCCUACAAUAGCUGCCUCAACUGAAGCUGAAGCUCGAAUCUUUUGGCUUGGCCUCAUUAUCUGUCCAGUUAUUUGGACAGUGUUUUUCUUUAGCACCUUGUUCUCCUUGAAGCUGAAAUGGCUGGCUCUUGUGAUAGCUGGGAUCUCUCUUCAGACGGCUAAUUUAUAUGGCUACAUCCACUGCAAGUUAGGGGGACAAAAAAGCAUCAGCACAGGAACUUCAAGGUUUUCUGUCACAGAUAUUCCCAAGAGACAGACGGGGAGAAUUUCAGAAGACCGCAUUGAAGAACAUGGGAAGACAGGCACUAGAUAA